CAGAUCGAUUCGUUCGGGCGACCUGCCUUCCUGUUAUGAACCCCCCGCCAUCGGCUAUUAUUAUUAAUAGAGGGGUCAGCGAUGUAGCAAAAUAUUCGUGCGAAGGAAGGUGUUAGUUAUUCCUUCUUCCGUCUUCCUUCUUCAACACCAAAAGCAAAAAGCAAAGAUUUAUAGACACAAGGGAAUUGAACAAAUAUAAAGUACGGAAAUCAUGUAUCCCGAUACUUUUGAAGGCUUUCAGACCGACUCCUCGGAGACGUGGACUACUUUCACUAAGAGAGAGUUCAAACCCAAGCCAUUCGAAGACCACGAUGUCGACGUGAAGAUCGAAGCCUGCGGCGUCUGCGGCUCCGACGUGCACACCAUCACCGGCGGCUGGGGCGCCAAGAACUUCCCCUUCUGCUGCGGCCACGAAAUCAUCGGGAAAGCGGUGCGGGUCGGGCCCAAAGUGACGCUGAUCAAGGAGGGCGAGCGCGUCGGCGUCGGCGCCCAGAUCUACUCGUGUUUGGAGUGCAAGCAGUGCAAGAACGACGAUGAGACUUAUUGCGUGCAUCAGAUUGAUACCUAUGGUGCCAUCUGGCCUGGCACGGAUAUCGUUACGAAUGGUGGGUUCGCAAGCCAUAUCCGCGUGCACGAGCAUUGGGUAUUCCCCAUCCCCGACGCGCUGGAGACGCACAUCGCAGCGCCGAUGCUCUGCGCGGGUCUGACAGCCUUCUCGCCCCUGGUGCGCAACGGCGCCGGCCCCGGCAAGAAAGUCGGCAUCGUGGGACUCGGCGGCAUCGGGCACUUCGGGAUCAUGUGGGCGAAAGCGCUCGGGGCCGAGACGUGGGCGAUCUCACGCACGCACGCCAAGGAAGCAGACGCCAAGACGCUCGGGGCUGAUGGGUUCAUCGCCACGGCGGACAAGGACUGGGAGGUGCCGCACCGCAUGACGUUUGACCUCAUUGUCAACUCGGCGAACAGCACCGAGGGAUUUGAGUUGGAGAAGUAUCUGUCCCUGCUGGAUGUGCAUGGCCGCUGGAUCAGCGUUGGGUUGCCCGAGGGCGCGGGUCAGGAGGUUAGGUCAACUACGUUUAUAGCGAAUGGAUGUUUGAUUGGAGCGACGCAUUUGGGAUCCCGUAAGGAGAUGAUCCGAAUGUUGAACCUGGCUGCGGAUAAAGGGCUGAAAAGUUGGGUUGAAAAGAUCCCUAUCUCGGAGAAGGGAUUGGCGGAGGCGGUAACGCGACUCAAAAAAAACGACGUCAAAUACCGCUUCACCUUGACAGACUACGACAAGCAAUUCUCGUAGACGAAAAUGUAUGUAUCUUGGGGAGUUAGUUGGAGGCGGGGAGUUGCGAGGUGAUGAGUGAUGAGUGAUGAGUGAUGAACCCUGGGGGAGUUGUAUGUAGCUAAGUAGGCAAGGAGUUGUAAGUGGAGUGCGCAUGCGUGUACAUGCUUGGUCUGUCGCUUUGCCUUUUGCUAAAAAAUAGAAUUAAAUCAGAUCGAGCCAGAUCAUAUUCAUACCCUCUUCUACAAGAUUUAGUGAAGGGAUGGAUGUGUAUUUGACAUACGUCUCUAGCAAAGGGAGAAGAUACCUUAGAUAAUAAAGUCAAGUCGAGAAGAUACCUUAACUAACUUCCUUCUAUUUUCAUUGCUUUUGAAGUAUAUGUCCUCCUCCAUCCAUACCUCCCCCCUUCCUUCUCGUCCCUCCUUCUUCCAAACGAAAAAAAA